UCCACCCGCAGACGGACUGAAGCCAAUGGCGGCGCCCAGUCCUGCAGGUGGCGGAGGCUGCGAACCGACGAAGAAGCGGGUAGCCGAACAAGGGUUCUUGGAGCCUGGAGCUGCCCCGUACGGAAACUUCCCCUGUUACUUCUCCCGCGUCCACCCGCCCGAGCAGCGCUUUCGCCUCUUGCCCCCGGCGCUGUUGCAGCAGCUGUUUCCCCCAGAGCCCCGAUCCCGCGGCCGCUGCUGGGGGCUCGAUGUGGGCUGUAACUCCGGGGCUGAGGCAUUGGCUCUAUACAGACACCUCCUCUCACUUGAAGAGGGAGAGAUCUGCCGCAGUUCCAGUAGAGACCUUCGCUUCCUUUGCUGUGACAUUGAACCUGUCUGGGUGGAGCGAGCUGAGAAAGACUGCCCCUUUCCUGAAGCUAUGUCCUUUGUUACCUUGGACAUCAUGGAUCCCCAGACCCGGAGCCCCAGUUUGAGUUCCUUCCUGAACCAGUUUGGCCGCUCCAGGCAGGCCUUUGAUAUAGUCUUCUUAUGUCCAUCACCAUGUGGAUUCCACCUGAACCAUGGGGACAAUGGCUUAUUCGCCUUCCUGGCCCAUCUUGCCUCUCUCUGCCUGGUCUCUGGCCGUCCUGGUGAACCACAGCCUUGGAAGUGUUACCGGGCAGCUGCCAUGCGGGCCUUCAGCAAACUGGGCCGCCAUAACUUUGACCGACCUUUCGUUCUUCUUGCCAUGUGCGUGGUGACAUGGCCUGACCAUAUCAUUCAGAUUCUUAAGACAAUGACGCAUAUACAUGAGCUGGUGUGCUGCUUUGGUAGCACUAGCUGGGACCGAAGUCUUUUGCUCUUCAGGGGCGAACCAACCAUGCUGAACCUCCCCAUCCUUGUAACCAAGAUGAAACAUGAUGAACAGAGGUAGAUUGACAUCCUAGAAGCAACAAGGUGGGAGGGAUGGAGAAGC